AUGGGGUGAUUUAGGAAUAAAGUGUUUUUAGCUUUUGAGCCUUGCCCUUCCACAGUUCCACACCCGCUUCUUCUCUGUAUUCGAAAUUGAAAUUUCUUUUCUCAUAUCUCUCUCUCCUUCGACAGUUUCAAGUACAGACUCUCUCUCUGUCUCUGCAAACUCUAGGGUUUGGUUUUUGCUCUUCUUCGAGAAGCUUUUUGUGGAUAGAAUCUGCAGUGAGAGGGACGUGGUGUUUAAAUUGAAGCGAAAAACCCUAGCGUUUACGCAAACCUUAAUUUCCAGAGACCAGAAUGGCGAUGGAGAUCACACAGUUUCUGUUGGCUGCCCAGUCAGCCGAUGCAAGAGUCCGGACUGAAGCAGAGGGUAAUCUCAGGCAAUUCCAAGAACAGAACUUGCCGCUGUUCUUAGUAUCCUUGUCUUUUGAGCUUGCCAACAAUGAUAAACCUGCUGAAUCCCGUCGACUAGCCGGUAUUCUGCUAAAGAAUUCUCUGGACGCCAAAGAUUCUGCCACAAAAGAUCAUCUGGUGAAACAAUGGUUUGCAAUUGAUGUUGCUCUUAAAUCCCAGAUCAAGGAUCGCUUACUAAGAACUCUUGGUUCAUCUGCCCUAGAGGCAAGGCAUACUUCAGCUCAGGUUAUUGCUAAGGUAGCCUCCAUUGAAAUUCCUCAGAAGCAGUGGCCUGAACUUGUUGGAUCGCUGCUUAACAAUAUGACUCAGCAAGGCAGUCCCGCACACUUGAAGCAAUCAACCUUGGAAACUCUAGGCUAUGUCUGUGAAGAGAUAUCACACCAUGAUCUUGUGCAAGAUGAAGUGAAUUCUGUCCUCACAGCAGUUGUGCAGGGCAUGAACCAGUCUGAAAAUACUGCUGAAGUUCGUCUCGCAGCAACAAAGGCACUGUUAAUGCCUUGGAUUUCUCUCAGACAAAUUUUGAGAAUGAAAUGGAGAGGAAUUACAUCAUGAAGAUGGUAUGCGAGACAGCAUGUUCCAAGGAGGCAGAGAUCAGGCAAGCUGCUUUCGAGUGCCUUGUGUCCAUUGCAUCCACAUACUAUGAGGUGCUGGAGCACUACAUACAAACACUCUUUGAGCUCACAUCGAAUGCUGUAAAGGGAGAUGAAGAGAGCGUUUCCCUCCAAGCAAUUGAGUUCUGGAGUUCCAUCUGUGAUGAAGAGAUCGACCGUCAAGAGUAUGACAGUCCUGCUAGUGGUGACUCAUCUCCUCCCCACUCCUCUUUCAUAGAGAAGGCUCUUCCCCAUUUAGUUCAAAUGUUGCUAGAAACUCUGCUGAAGCAGGAAGAGGAUCAGGACCAUGAUGACGACGUCUGGAACAUAUCUAUGGCUGGCGGGACAUGCCUUGGCCUGGUUGCCAGAACAGUUGGAGAUCAUGUAGUCCCUCUUGUGAUGCCUUUUGUUGAAAAAAACAUAAGUUCGCCAGAUUGGCGCUGCCGGGAGGCAGCCACUUAUGCUUUUGGAUCAAUUUUGGAGGGCCCAACAAUUGAUAAGCUUGCCCCGAUGGUUGCUGCUGGCUUGGAAUUUCUCCUUAAUGCAACCAAGGAUCAGAAUAACCAUGUCAGGGAUACAACUGCUUGGACUCUGAGCCGUAUCUUUGAAUUUUUGCACUCCCCAGACAGUGGUUUCUCUGUUAUAUCACCCGAAAACCUCCCUAGAAUUGUGAGUGUAUUACUGGAAUCAAUUAAAGAUGUGCCAAAUGUUGCAGAGAAGGUCUGUGGAGCAAUAUACAAUCUUGCACAGGGAUAUGAAGACUCUGGAGCAAGUUCAUCUCUUCUCUCUCCUUAUCUUACAGAGAUCAUCACACAUCUGCUUGCAGCUGCUGAGCGUACAGAUGGGGCAGAGUCUAAGCUAAGAGGUGCUGCGUAUGAAACCUUGAACGAGGUUGUCCGGUGUUCAAACCUUUCAGAGGCCUCAAGCAUCAUAGCGCAUCUCCUCCCUGCCAUCAUGAAAAAAUUAGCUGAGACAAUGGACCUCCCUAUAAUAUCAACUGAUGACCGUGAGAAGCAAGCGGAAGUCCAGGCUUCUCUGUGUGGUGUUCUCCAAGUUAUAAUCCAGAAGCUGAGCGGCAGGGAGGAUACGAAACCCAUCAUAAUGCAGAGCGCAGAUGACAUUAUGAGGCUGUUCCUAAGAGUGUUUGGAUGCCAUAGUUCAAGUGUCCACGAAGAAGCCAUGCUUGCAAUCGGUGCUCUUGCAUAUGCUACUGGAGCUGAGUUUGUGAAAUACAUGCCCGAGCUUUUCAAAUAUCUCCAGAUGGGGCUGCAGAAUUUCGAAGAAUACCAAGUCUGCUCAAUCACAGUAGGAGUGCUUGGUGACAUUUGCCGUGCCCUGGAUGAAAAAAUCCUACCUUUUUGCGAUCAGAUAAUGGGUCUCCUUAUCCAAAACCUUCAAAGUGGGGCACUCCACAGAUCAGUGAAGCCUCCAAUAUUCUCAUGCUUUGGAGACAUUGCUCUGGCAAUUGGUGCUCAUUUUGAAAGGUAUGUAGCACCAGCCGUUCAGAUCAUGCAAGGGGCUGCUCAGGUGUGUGCUCAGAUGGAUACCCUUGACGAGGAGCUUAUGGAUUAUGCAAACCAACUGCGGAGAAGCAUCUUUGAGGCAUACUCCGGGAUACUACAAGGGUUCAAGGACACAAAAGCCGAGCUCAUGAUGCCCUACGCUCAACAUCUCCUGCAGUUUGUUGAACUAGUAUCCAAAGAUCCCCUGAGGUCCGUACCAUGUGGUUUGAAAAUAUAAUCAAUUUGUUCCUUCUGGUUUCGUUGCACAUAUUAAACUUGUAACUGGUGUUUUGUUAUGAGAGCAGGGAUGAGAGCGUGACAAAAGCCGCGGUUGCAGCGAUGGGUGAUCUUGCGGAUGUUGUAGGAGAGAACACAAAGCAGUUGUUCCAAAACUUCACCUUCUUCGGUGAGUUCCUUAAUGAGUGUCUCGAAUCAGAGGAUGAAGAUCUCAAGGUCACUGCACGCUGGACUCAAGGAAUGAUUGCAAGGCUCAUGCACCCAUCAUAAAUUUAACCCUCUAUUUUUUUUGCAUGUCGUCUUUCCGCUUCUCUCUAUCGUAUCAUGUGAAUAGUGGUUAGUUUUUUUUUGGGUAAAAGUAGUUUAAUUCCCCUCAGGCCAUAUCUGUUUGAGGUUGGGUCUUAUUUUGUUCUCUUGGGGUAGUUAAUGCAAAACUCUUUUAUUGUUCUUUGGUUACUCCAUUAUCAAUCAAAGUAUCGUUGGUCGCUCU